AUGGCGGCCACCGCGGCCGCGGCGGGGACCUGGUCCUCCUUCCUCUCCCCGCGCCGCAGUCACAGCGCCGCCGCCUCCUCGUCGUUCCGCGCCGCCGCCUCGCGCUUCCGCUCGCCGAGAUGCGUGCUCGGGAGCGAGCAGCUGCGUGUGGCGCAGGAAGGGAAGCGGAUGGGCGGGGCCGAGCCCCGGGUCGCCGCGUGGACGCCAAAGGCGCCGGCGCCGGAGGCCAGGCUUGCCGCACUGCCAAGGGAGCUGCGGGACUCCAGGAUGAAGAUCUUCUCCGGCACGGCCAACCGCCCGCUCGCUCAGGAAAUUGCUGCUUACCUGGGUGUAGACCUCGGCAAGAUCCUGAUCAAGCGCUUUGCUGAUGGAGAAAUUUAUGUGCAACUGCAAGAGAGCGUGAGAGGAUGUGAUGUGUUCUUGAUCCAGCCCACAUGCUCUCCUGUCAACGAAAACCUCAUGGAGCUCUUCAUCAUGAUUGAUGCAUGCCGGCGGGCUUCAGCGCGGUCUAUUACUGUUGUUAUUCCAUACUUUGGUUAUGCUAGAGCAGACAGAAAGGCACAAGGGCGUGAGCCCAUUACUGCCAAACUUUCUGCAAAUUUACUUACUGAAGCUGGUAGUGACCGUGUCAUUGUAUGUGAUAUUCAUUCUACGCAAGCGUUGGGGUACUUUGAUAUUCCUGUGGAUCAUAUAUAUGGGCAGCCUGUGAUUCUGGAUUACCUGGCCAGCAAGACAAUAUCCGAAGAUCUUGUGGUUGUUUCUCCUGAUGUGGGUGGUGUUGUUAGAGCACGUGCAUUUGCUAAGAAAUUAUUGAAUGCCCGUUUAGCUAUUGUUGAUAAAAGAAGACAGGGUCACAACAUGUCAGAGGUCAUGAACUUAAUUGGUGAUGUGAAAGGAAAAGUGGCUAUCUUGAUUGAUGACAUGAUUGACACAGCAGGGACAAUCACUAGUGCAGCGGCUCUGUUAAAGCAGGAGGGAGCAGAAGCUGUAUAUGCUUGUUGUACACAUGCUGUUUUCAGCCCUCCCGCAAUUGAAAGGCUUUCUGGAGGCGUCUUUGAGGAAGUUAUUGUGACAAACUCCAUCCUGUUGCCAGAAGACAAAUGCUUCCCUCAGCUGACGGUGCUUUCAAUGGCGAACCUUGUAGCGGAAACAAUUUGGCAUGUUCAUCGCGAUGGCUCUGUCAGUAGCAUCUUCCAAUAG